AUGCCAUCCCGCGAUCCUUGGGAGCCCCCGCGGCGAUCGCUUGUUGUGCAGGAGAUCUGUAAGAAAGUAGGAUGCUCAGCACAAGAGGGGGAUAAGAUGCUUGCGGAAACAGAGCAGGAAUUGAUUUUACACGGUAAUACUUCGGAGAGCACCGCCAUGCUAGAGCAUGCCGCGGCAAGCGGGAUGUCACUAGCUACUCGAAUGUUCCCCUUGUUCAGGAAGCAAGUUCACUUGAGGACCUGCGGCCUGGCGUCUCUCAGCAUCUCGCUCGACUACCUGCUGGGGCACAAGUCGGUGUCGAUCACUGAAGGCGACAUCGAGGCGGUGAUCAACCAGAGCUCUUGCUCUCGUGUGAGUGAGAUCCACAGCCGUGGGAUGACGUUGGCGGAGCUCUCCGAGGUGACCAUGGAGGUGAAGAAGAGCACCAUGGCCGCACCCAUCGCGUCGGAGGUCGUCCGCUUGACAGAUGAAGAUUCUCUCCGAUCUCUACUCACCCAACACCUGGCAUGCCCAAGGGCGUCAGCCACCAGCGCUGUCAUCUGCAACUACAGCAUGGCGGUGGCGGGUCAAGGUCACUGGUGGGGAGGUCACUUCUCCCCUGCAGCAGCGAUGGACCCUGAGACAGAUCGCGUGCUCAUACUUGACGUAUGGAUGUUCACGCAUCCUUUCUGGAUAGAGAUCAAGAGACUCUACAAUGCCAUGGACACAGUCGACAAGACCUGCGGUGAGAGGCGAGGAGUCCUAGUGCUUCAUGCUACCAGGGAGACAUGA